CGCGCGGCCGCCCCUCGGACCACCGGACUGGCCUGGGGCGGGACGUGGGCGCGGGGGCGCGGCGUGCGGCACGCGGCAGGGCUGAAGCGGCGGCGGCGGUGGGGACUGCACGUAGCCCGGCGCUCGGCAUGGCUCUCCUGGUGCUCGGUCUGGUGAGCUGUGCCUUCUUUCUGGCAGUGAAUGGUCUGUAUUCCUCUAGUGAUGAUGUGAUCGAAUUAACUCCAUCAAAUUUCAACCGAGAAGUUAUUCAGAGUGAUAGUUUGUGGCUUGUAGAAUUCUAUGCUCCAUGGUGUGGUCACUGUCAAAGAUUAACACCAGAAUGGAAGAAAGCAGCAACUGCAUUAAAAGAUGUUGUCAAAGUUGGUGCAGUUGAUGCAGAUAAGCAUCAUUCCCUAGGAGGUCAGUAUGGUGUUCAGGGAUUUCCUACCAUUAAGAUUUUUGGAUCCAACAAAAACAGACCAGAAGAUUACCAAGGUGGCAGAACUGGUGAAGCCAUUGUAGAUGCUGCGCUGAGUGCUCUGCGCCAGCUCGUGAAGGAUCGCCUCGGGGGACGGAGCGGAGGAUACAGUUCUGGAAAACAAGGCAGAAGUGAUAGUUCAAGUAAGAAGGAUGUGAUUGAGCUGACAGACGACAGCUUUGAUAAGAAUGUUCUGGACAGUGAAGAUGUUUGGAUGGUUGAGUUCUAUGCUCCUUGGUGCGGACACUGCAAAAACCUAGAGCCAGAGUGGGCUGCCGCAGCUUCAGAGGUAAAAGAGCAGACGAAAGGAAAAGUGAAACUGGCAGCUGUGGAUGCUACAGUCAAUCAGGUUCUGGCCUCCCGAUACGGGAUUAGAGGAUUUCCUACAAUCAAGAUAUUUCAGAAAGGCGAGUCUCCUGUGGAUUAUGACGGUGGGCGGACAAGAUCCGACAUCGUGUCCCGGGCCCUUGAUUUGUUUUCUGAUAACGCCCCACCUCCUGAGCUGCUUGAGAUUAUCAAUGAGGACAUUGCCAAGAGGACGUGUGAGGAGCACCAGCUCUGUGUUGUGGCUGUGCUGCCCCAUAUCCUUGAUACUGGAGCUGCAGGCAGAAAUUCUUAUCUGGAAGUUCUUCUGAAGUUGGCAGACAAAUACAAAAAGAAAAUGUGGGGGUGGCUGUGGACAGAAGCUGGAGCCCAGUCUGAACUUGAGACCGCGUUGGGGAUUGGAGGGUUUGGGUACCCCGCCAUGGCCGCCAUCAAUGCACGCAAGAUGAAAUUUGCUCUGCUAAAAGGCUCCUUCAGUGAGCAAGGCAUCAACGAGUUUCUCAGGGAGCUCUCUUUUGGGCGUGGCUCCACGGCACCUGUAGGAGGCGGGGCUUUCCCUACCAUCGUUGAGAGAGAGCCUUGGGACGGCAGGGAUGGCGAGCUUCCCGUGGAGGAUGACAUUGACCUCAGUGAUGUGGAGCUUGAUGACUUAGGGAAAGAUGAGUUGUGAGAGCCACAACAGAGGCUUCAGACCAUUUUCUUUUCUUGGGAGCCAGCAGAUUUUUCCAGCAGUGAAGGGACAUUCUCUACACUCAGAUGACUCUACCAGUGGCCUUUUAACCAAGAAGUAGUACUUGAUUGGUCAUUUGAAAACACUGCAACAGUGAACUUUUGCAUCUCAAGAAAACAUUGAAAAAUUCUAUGAAUUGUUGUAGCCGGUGAAUUGAGUCGUAUUCUGUCACAUAAUAUUUUGAAGAAAACUUGGCUGUCGAAACAUUUUUCUCUCUGACUGCUGCUUGAAUGUUCUUGGAGGCUGUUUCUUAUGUAUGGGUUUUUUUUAAUGUGAUUCCUUCAUUUGAAUAUUAAUGGCUUUUUCCAUUAAAGAAUAAAAUAUUUUGGACAAUGCCGAUAAAUGUAUGAAAUUAGUAUCCACAUCAUAAAUUCAGAGUGAUGUUUAGCAGUAAAUCAAUAUUUUGAAGUGAUACACAGAUGUCUUUCCUCCCCACAAACUUUUUUAAACAAAAAACAAGACCUGAUUUCCUGCCCAAUAUUUGUCUUUGGGCUGUCUCUAGUGACUAAUUAUUAAGGAAUCUAGCUGGUUAUACAGUUCAAGGCUUUCUAUGUUGUUAAUGAACCUCAAAAUAGCCGUUAAGACAUGAAAUACAGCAGCAGGUUACCAAUGCGAACAGGUAGUUCGCAUUUAUGUAAAACAUUCAGAAAAUGAAGUUUUGAAUUUGUUAGAACAUUCAAAGGACUUGAGAGCAUUUUAUUGUAACUUAAAAAAAUAAAUACAACUGUCACUAA